AUGAUCAACCUGGUGGCCACCGUGUGCCUGAUAUGGAGCUGCGUCGUUGUAGCGGUGGAAUGCAUCGGCAUGGGAGCCGUCUUUAGAUAUUUCUCCCAUGAGCCACCGCCUGCCCUCUCGCCAAAGCUGCAGCAGCAUGCGCCGCACGUCACCGUAAUCCGACCAGUGAAGGGCCUCGAGCCGCAUCUCUACGAAUGUAUUGCUUCCACCUUUCGCCAAGAAUACCCCGUGGACAAGCUGUCGCUGCGGUUGUGUGUGGACGACCGCAGCGACCCAGCGUACCCCGUGCUGCAGCAAGUAGUCGAUGACUUUCCCCAGUUUGAUGCGCAGGUACUCGUCGAGGCCGACUGCUCAAAGGAGGAAAUGAAAGGUCUGGGGCCGAAUCCAAAGAUACGCAACAUCAGCAAGGCCUAUCGCGAGGCCCAGAGCGACAUUGUCUGGGUGGUGGACUGCAAUGUCUGGAUCCCCCGCGGCGCCGCAGGUCGCAUGGUGGACAAGCUGAUGGGCUACACCAAGGAUGGCCAGGCCGCGCGGAAACCCUACAAGUUCGUACAUCAGAUGCCGCUAGUGGUGGACAUUGUGCAAUAUGGCCGCUCCGCCACCCAGGACUCGGAGGCGCUCUUGUCGUCCGCUUCGGAGGCUUCGCCUGGUGCCGACCCGAGGCAGCCCAAGGACGCUGGCCUGCUCAAGCAGAUUGAAUGCCAAGGUGGCGGUCGGCUGGAUGAGAUGUUCAUGGCGACGACGCACGCAAAAUUCUACGGAGCUAUCAAUGUGGUCGCUGUGGCGCCAUGCAUUGUCGGCAAAAGUAACAUGUUCCGCAAGUCCCAGCUCAACCAGGCAACCGACCCAGCUAGGAAUCCAAUCCUGCCACAAGACGAUAUCCGCCCGGUGGGCGUGGACUACUUCUCCUACAACAUCUGCGAAGACCACUGCAUUGGCGAUAUCCUGUGGCGUACGGAUUUCCCAGGAUACAACAACCAUGGCAUAGUGUGGGGUGAUCUCGCGGUGCAGCCCAUGGCGGGCAUGUCUGUCAGCGCAUACAUCGCUCGCCGUGUCCGUUGGCUUCGCGCGCGGAAGUGGACGGUGCUGGCGGCCACCCUGGUCGAACCUGGCGUCGAGUCGCUCCUGUGCGGUCUUGCGUUCGCGUUCGCGACCACGACUCUGAAGUGGUUUGAAGCCACUUUUGGUAUUCCUCGGACCUGGUCCGCCAUGGGCGCUGUUUGGCUCAUCUUUGUUACCGCUUGGAUGAUGGCGGACCGGGCCGUACAUAGUAAACUGCAUUCGGCGCAGUCGAUUGACGUGGACGAGCACACCCCUCACUUCGCCCGGGGCCGCUUCGGUCCAUCCAAGGCACACGCGCGACCAUUGCAUGAGUGGAUUCCAGCCUGGCUUGGACGGGAGGUUCUGGCUAUGCCGAUAUGGACGUGGGCUGUCUUGCUUGGCGACACUGUCAACUGGCGAGGAAGCACCUUUCGUGUUAGGUUCGACACCACUGUUGAAGAGCUAGACGCUGGGGCGUCGGGUGAUUUUGGGAAGAGUCGAAGGGACUGA